AGGUAUACUGCGGUUAAUCGUUCUAUAGAGAGAUGCUCAUAGACGCCAGUUGAGCUGGAGCUCCGGCAGUGAGUUCAUCUCACCGAUUACUAUUCGAUAUAUAAUAUUUUUUAUUGCACCAUAGGCUGUUAAACAUGUUUGGCACGAAGUUGCAAAGCCGAACGCUGGAUUUGCGAUACAAUGAGAUGUGGAACGAUUGGGACAGCACGGCUGAACAUCAAAUGCCGAAGAAGUAUGUACACGGACAUUUGGUGUUGUCUUGGAAAAAAAUUAAUGUACAUGUGAAACAAACUACCAAAACUUUUUUCCGGGGAACGAAAACCUCAUACAAGCAAAUACUACACAACGUUAGUGGGAACGUACAAUGUGGAAACCUUCUUGGAAUAAUGGGUCCAAGUGGUUCAGGAAAAACUACAUUGAUGGCAACCAUAAGUCACCGAACUAAAGGAAAUUUUGAAGGAGAAUUAUUACUCAACGGACAACCAAUAUCUGAAGAAGUCAUGAUUAAGAUAUCUGGUUUUGUUCCUCAACAAGAUAUCAGUUUUGAUCAGUUGACAGCAUUGGAACACUUGUCUCUGAUGGCCAAUUUGAAAGUAUCACGAAAAACAACUAAAAUAGAAUUAAAAGAACACAUCGAUGAAAUAGUUUCCACGUUGGGCAUGACUAAGUUCUUGAACACGAGAAUAUCGUUUUUAUCCGGAGGAGAACGGAAAAAAAUCGCUCUCGCAGUUCAAUUAUUAAAUAAUCCACCUAUAUUGUUUUGUGACGAAAUAACAACAGGUCUAGACAGUUACUCUGCCGCACACAUUGUAAACACUUUAAAAAGUGUCGCACGAAUGGGUAAAAUUGUGAUAUGUACCAUUCAUCAACCAGCGUCUGGUGUAUUUGGAAAAUUCGAUGAUGUAUUAUUGUUAUCAAAUGGAUUAUUAGCAUAUCAAGGACCUGUCACAAUGGUCCAUCAGUUAUUCCAAAAGUUCAAUUAUGAAUGCCCGGAUAUGUUCAAUGAAGCUGACUUUGUGAUUUCUAUUCUUAAUUCUGAAAAUGAAAAAGUGAAAGAAAACGUAAAAGAAAUGUGCAAGUUAACAUCAUCAGAUCAACAAAUGGAUUUAAAUUAUGAUUUAUUUAACAAUCAAACUAAAUUUGAUCCUCAACAAAUAGUAAACUUAGAAACGCAAAAACCAACAUGGCCAACACAGUUUAAUUUGGUUUUUAAUAGAUCUAUCAAAUGUUUUGCAAGAAAUUACAAAAAUCAUCUACUGGAACUGGGAACUAUUUGGUUUUUAGGUAUCAUUAUUUCUGCUCCAUUUGCAAACCUGCAGUUUGAUACAAAAGCAGUACAAAAUUGGGAAGGAUUUUGGUUGAUAUUUGUCAUUAACUAUGUGUUCCACUUCAGUUAUUCUGCUAUCCCAUUAUAUCAAGUUAAAUUUGCAAUUGUCCACCGAGAAAUUCACAAUAAAGUAUACCCAUUGAGUGCAUAUUUUUUGUCCGAAUUGGUGAUAGUGGUUUUUUGGAUAAUGAUAAAAAUGUUAUUUUACUGUGUUUCUGCGUUUUGGAUUGUUGGUGCUGAUCAGAGUAGCUUGCAACUAUUGUCGUUUUAUUUAUUAGCGUUUGCAGCCUAUUCAUAUGGAAGUUUGUUGUCAGCAUAUUUUACUUAUCUAGAAAACACUAUGAUAUUUGCAACACUGUACGACUUUUUGUCAUUACCUCUCAGUGGUGCUUAUUUAUCAUUUAUGUCUUUACCAAAAGUGAUAUAUUCUCUAAGAUACUUUUCGCUGUUCUUCCUUGGUUGUGAAACAGCAUCAGUUUUAUUUUGGGACCGAAUUAAAUUUUUACCGUGUGUUGAUGUUACUAAUUGUUUGAACAGCGGAAAAGCAGUAUUAAGAAAGUAUGGUUAUAUAAGUAGUGAAUUAUAUUCAGACAUGGUGAUAUUAGCUUUGGUUUGUAUAUUAGCAAAUAUAUUUGGUUACUUCCGUGUUCUAAAAAAGAUGAAAAAACAACCAGCCUAUUAAAAUGUAUAUAUUUUCAUAAAUAUAACAAAUAUAUAUAAAUGUAAUUAAUUAUACAUACUAUGCAAUGGAAAAUUAAAUAUACAAUAAUUUAACAUUUAUAAGAA